ACAGCGACUGCCGGUUGUGUCGCGCACGGAAUCUGGGAGCGCACACGACUGAUGGCAACGGUUUACGCGCGAAGAGAAGGAAACGCGGAAAAAGCAGCGCGCACAACAAGUUGUAUACAUGCGCACCGAUAACCCAAGGAAGCGCGGGAAGCGUGAAGAAGCGUGAAGAACCGAGCCACCCACGUGGAAACUAACGGGCGGCAUUCACAGAACACCACCUGGUGGGGGGAAAUUGUUGGGGAUGUGGCUCGGAUCCAGUCGCGUGAGCAAGGCGGCCGAAUGAACUUCCAGCAAGCAAGGGGAUGACCGCAAAUGGCAGAGGUAUCGAGCGCCGUCGUUUUGAUCCUGCUCAGACCGACGUCGUUUUACCUCAUAGUUUGAUCCCGCCCAGGCCGACGUCGUUUUGCAUCGUCCAAAACCGGCGCCGUUUUAGCCUCACUCAAGCCGGCGUCGUUCUGCCCUGCCUAGGACAGGGAAGGAAGAUUGUAAGGAUAGCGCCGCAGUCUACGAAGGAAGGGUCACAUCUUGAGUCAGGUCCUAGGAAUAAUUAUGGCCUAAAAGCAUGGCCUAAGUUCCUGACACACGUUGUAGUCUUAUCACAUUAAAUACCCACUACUGUAAUGUACUAUAAAAGGGGCAUUUACGACGGUAGGUAGGGGAUCAGUCUUUUGGUUCUCUCACGAAUAAACAUUCACUUCUCUCUCUAGCUAAUUUCCUCUGUUAUUCCUUCCUCUCUACCGAAAGUUCUCAUCAGAAACAAGUCACCAUAACGCAUCGCUUGCUCUACCCCCUCCUCCCUCACGAGUCUCACUCCUACACUCAGUUAGGCUCAAACAUGUUUAAUACGGGAGCCAUCAAAUGAAUGGACAAAAAUGAAACAACUUGACAAUAAUACGGAUACAAAAAUUUUAAACGGAUAAAGUAUGUAAAAUACAUAUACAUAUAUUAAAUUAAGUAUUUACGAACUGCUGGCAUCCACAAUUCCACAUCAUCCAACGACUAAGAAUGUGUGGGACUUGGAUGAAGCGGAUCCGGUACAUACAGAUUUGUAUCCAUUGAUUCAAAAAACAAGUGACUUCUACUUUUCAAUCGAUAAAAUUAGAAGGUGCAAAGAUAAACAAUAGUAAGUGUGGAGCAAUAGAAAUGAUGUUACUCUCAGAAAAUUCCUUAGUAAAUAACAAGGUUGUUAAACCAAUUUAUGGUUUAGCAAGUGUAAUAGUUUGACAGACUCAUGCAGGUCUGACAAAUUAUGUAAAAAUUUGGGAAAUUAUUAACAUCAAAUGAAUUUAAUCAUAUAUCAAACAUAUUUGAAGACAAUCUACUUACAAUUUAUAUUUAUAUUUAAAUAAAAUACGACAUUCCAAAUAAAUUAAUAGCAAAUACUCAUGUUCAAAUACAAUAUUUAACGUCAACUCCUAAAAUUUUAUACUUGAAUCAAACAAAUAACAUUAACAUUUAAUUUUUAAAUUCUUGAAAUAAAUUAUAAAUUAUUUUUUUAUUAAUUUAUAUUCACUAAAAAUACGUCAUUUUGUUUAGAGAUCAUAAGUCAAUCGUGUCGGUCAUAUCAAUUGUAUAUAGGAUGAUUUAAUUUAAUAACUGACACCGGUUGAACAAGGUUCAAACGACCGACUUUCGACCCCAUGACGACAACCAUGGUAAAAAGUAAUAUAUGAUCAGUGGCAAAGGCAGGAUUCGGAACUACCCUUGUCCUUUUUUCAAAAUAUAAAAAUAUAAAAAUUUAAUAAUUAAAAUUAAUAUCCAAAUAAUUCAUUAAUAGAUAAAAAAAAUAAGCGUAAUACAAUUAUUGUUUGUAUAAACAACCACGACGAGUUUUCAUAUUAUGAAAUAAUUACAAAAUACAUUAAUUAUUUACACUCUUAAGUGAGCCUCUUUCAAUAUUCCCACUAAACAAUCAUUAACAAACUGAUUAUCAAUUCGACUUCGAAACUUGUUCUUAAUAUAUCAAUCUAAAAAUGCUCUUUUUACGUUCGGAGUUGCAACUGGUAGUAUCAAAACUAAUUUCAAAAGCAAAUAAAAUGACCGAUAUAACCUAUCCACUUUUGUCUCCACCAUGAUCUGAGAUCAUUUAUCAAUUUCUUUUAAUCCAACAAAUCUCUCAUCAGCCAUAAAAUAAUUAUAAUACCCAACAAUGUGUCGUCGAAUAAUAAUGUCAUGAAUGAAACCAAUAAAUUAAUUAUUUUUUUACAAUUAAUGAACAAGUAAUGAAUUAUAGUGUAGUGC